AUGCAUCUCUCGGCUUCGAUACUACUGGCUACAGCAGCCACGGCAGUCGCUCAGAAUGCCACACAAGUAUACGAUUAUGCCAUCGCAGGCGCUGGUACAGCAGGUCUUCUUCUUGCCAUCGUCCUCACCGAAGACCCCUCCAUCAAUGUCGCCAUCCUUGAAGCCGGUUCAGACGGUCGCACAAAUCCCAACAUCACGAUCCCAGAGUUAAGAGGCGAGAUAAUUGAUACAGAAUAUGAUUGGGCGUAUUAUAGCACUGUUCAACCCGGUCUAUACGAAAAUAGGAGUCAGCCUGUGAACAGAGGCAAGACGAUUGGUGGCACAAGUGCUAUGAAUUGGAUGAUUCAUAAUGAGGACUCUCGCAUCCAGCUCGAUAUCUGGGAAUCGUUGCUCAAUCUCACUGGCUGGAAUUGGGAAACUCUGUCGACUGCGUUCAGAGAGAGCGAGAUGUUCUUCGCUCCUCCGGUCAAUGCAUCUUCUGCUGAGCAACCAGACCUUGCAAACCAUGGAUCUUCUGGGUACAUUUGCUCGACUUUGCAACGUAGUGUGCUGUCGCUACUUUCCGACUAUGUGACGCCUGCACUGCUCAACGCUGGAUAUGCAGUGCCAGGAGACCGGAAUGGUGGAAAUGUCACUGGUGCUGGAUUUUUGCCUCUAGCUAUCUGUCCAGGCAACUACACAAGAAGCUAUGCUGGAUCUGCAUAUACUGCCGUACAAGACAGAAAGAAUUUACAUCUCUACACCAAUGCUCAAGUCACCAAUAUCAGCUGGGCAUCAACAACAUCGGGAAAUGUUACUGCUCGUGGACUCAACUUUGUGGAUACCUCUGGACGUACAUCAAACACCAGUCUCUCCAUUCAUGCCGAUGAGAUAAUUCUAUCUGCUGGAAUAGCAGGCUCGGCACCAAUCUUGGAACGCUCGGGUAUCGGUAGCCCAGACAUCUUGAUGCCUUUAAACAUCACUCCAGUCGUCAACCUCAGUAGCGUAGGCACCGGACUAAGAGAUCCACUGAUGAUGCAAUAUCAACCUCUCCAAUACAACUUCAGCGUCGAGUUCACAGGAGGCGAGUAUGCACAGAAUUAUAUUGACCUUCGACCAGCCCAGGAUGUAUUGUCUCCUUUUGACUACAAUGCUGCAUCUGUAUGGCUGAAUACUACUGCAUCAGUCCCAGGUCUGGAAGACGCACAAUUCCAAGUCUUCAAGCAUCUAUGGUUUACUCGCCAGCCACUUAUCGAAAUGGCAUGGCAAUACAGCAGCACGCAAUCAAUGCCAUACACCCUCAUCCCACUCAGCCAAGGCAGCGUCCACAUAAACUCUUCCGACCCUCUAGCUGCACCAGUAAUCGACCCGAACUACAACUCCGUCACCGCUACCAUCGGCAAUGAAACCGUACCUUGGGACUUGUGGCUCUUAUCCCGCGCCUCUCAAUUCUACGUCACUGAACUUGCUUCGUCACCUCCUUUCUCGGAAGUACUCACAAAGACGGAUCCAGAUCACAAUUUACCUCCUACAGAGUAUCAACAAGCUGUCUUUGAACGUUCGGGCACUUCUCAACAUCUCACUGGCGGUUUACCUAUGCUUCCUCGGAGCGCAGGCGGUGCAGUAGAUGCAAACAUGUUGGUGUAUGGAACACAGAAUGUCAGGGUGGUGGAUGGAAGUAUCUUCCCUUAUCAACCUUCUGCGCAUCCGAUGGGGUUGACUUAUGCUGUUGCUGUUCAUGCUGCCAAGAUCUUGCAGCAGAUCAAGGGGUCGAUGGGAACGUAUACGGAAGAUCCACAGAGGAGUAACUCGAGCAGUAAUGCUACGGCGGUGUUUCCAGCUGUGCAACCCACGGUCACUUAUGAUGUUAGAGGAUCCGCAGUGCCGGCUUCUUCGGCUGCGGUGUUUACUGGCGGAGCUGGGAGGUUAGUUACAGGAAAGGAGAGGUGGAUCAUGUGGGCGGUAGUUGCUAUUCUAGGUUGGUUUUAA